AUGUAAUUAGAAAAAGAUAGCAAACAAUCUUUUCUAUACUAGUUACCGUUACAAAAGACAUGGAUGUUAUGGGUGGCACUUGCUCUAGCUUGCUUUCUUUUAUUUGGAGAUGCUUAUGCUUUUGAUAAUCCAAUGGCUUUGUAAUCUACUAUCCAAACUGAGAUGAACCUCAACAAUGUUUAAUUCAAUAUGCUUUAUUCAAUAUAUUCUGCUCCCAAUAUUAUAUUGCCGUUUUUUGGAGGCAUCCUUAUAGACAAAAUAGGAGUGAGAGUAAGUAUAUUGAUAUUCUCGUCUAUACUUAUUUUGGGCUAGAGUAUUGUAGUUAUAGGUGGAUACACAUUAUCCUAUGGAACAAUGUUGGCUGGCAGAUGCAUUUUUGGUAUUGGCUCUGAAAGUCUGAAUGCAGCAUAAGCAGCCAUAAUGUCAUAAUGGUUUUAAGGAGGGCAAGUUAGUUUGGCCUUGGGUUUGUGUUUAUCAAUACCCAAAUUGGGAAGUGCAUUGAACAGUUUGGUCAGUCCUCAGAUUCAGGCGAGUCAUGGAGAAUUAGGGUUCACUUUUUUGGUUGGCCUUUUUAUCGUCAUAUUUUCUUGGGGAUGCGGAUUGGUCUUAAUCUAUUUAGACAAAAAAAAUGAAGUAUUGAUGGAAAAAUGGAGAGAGCUCAAUCCAGAAGAAGAGAAUAAUGAACAUAAGGAAGCAUAACCUUCUGCUUAAGAGAUGAGUCUAUAGAUGAGAAAAAGCGAAACCUCUGAAAGUGAGCGAUCAGUAUCGUUGUUAGAAGAUGAGGACGACGACAAUGAUGACGAUGAAAAAGAAGAAGAAGCAGCUCAUGAGGCUAAAGAGGAGAUUAAGCUAUCAGAUUUGAAGCAUUUGGACGGUUCCUAUUGGAUAUUGUCAUGCAUUAUAAUGUUGAGUGAAGCACUCUUUGUUCCCUUUUUGGAUAAUGGAAAUGCCUUCUUUCAAGUCAAAUUCGGAUUUAGUUAACAAUCAGCUGGUGUUUUGCUUACAAUCCCCUAUGUAUUUGCAGCCUGUGUGACUCCCUUUGUAGGUAUCUAUAGUGACAAAAUCCGAUAACGUUCCUUAUUGAUUGUUCUCACCACAGUCAUUUUUAUCAUCACCCAUUUGUGUCUUCUCCUCAUUUAUUGUGAUUCUGCCUGUGGAGUGUCAGCCUUACCAUUGUUAUCAUUAGGAAUUUGCUAUUCUUUUUACUCGGCCAUUUUGAUUCCAUCCAUCCCCUUAGUAGUCAAAGCACAAAUGAUAGGAACGGCAUUUGGCUUGUUGGGAGUGAUGUAGAAUACAGCAUUGGCCUUGUUUCCACUCAUUACUGGAAGUUUAUAUAAUAGUCAUUUAAUUAAUGAAGAAGGCCAAGUCGAUCCAUUUCAAGGGUAUGUCUAUCAAUCCUAUUUCUUUGUUGGAGUCAGUUGUUUUAAUUUUAUUAUUGCCAUCAGUUUAUAUGUAUUUGAUAAAAAUGGGAGCAAGAAAUUAAGUAGACUAAAGUCGAAGAGUAAAUGA